AUGGACAACAACACCAACACCAGCAACCCAGCAAAAAUCAUGGAGACGUCGACCUCGCUGGUUUCCUUCCAAAAACUUCAGCACUCCCCUGUCACUAGCAGUACUGACCACUCCGAUCACGUUGAACAGGUGGAAACCUUGGAACCAAACGAUUGUGCAGCCAACGUAGGAGCUUCACAUUCAUCUUCCAUCAACAACAUGGAUGGUGAUCAAAAUAUUGUUCAAAAGCGUAAAACUGAAAGUAUUUUUCAACCAUCAAAAAGAAAAAGAGCCAACGGGAGUAAGACAGAUAAGACGAAAAGAUUUGAAAGUGGCAGUGACAAUGUUGUUGAUUCAUCCACUGUGGCUCAAAUGUUGUCGCCAUCAUCCGCCUCUCUACCUGUAGUGCCUUUUUCAGCUCCUACCAAAACAAAUUUUGUAUCAUCGCCAUCUUCCACGUCGUCAUCGUCUUAUAAUCGACACACAACUUUCAACGUCUUCAACAUCUUCAUCAUCGUUAUCACCCUCACCAACUCCACCUGGCAUUUCAAGUCACCAAUCUUCCUAUUCGCAAAUAUUAUCUCAAAACGUUUCAUCUUCUCCUUCUAUGUUCUCAUCAUCUCUAAUUUCAUCCUAUUCAUCACCGCCGCUCAUCACAUUCCCACCACUACAUCCCUCUUCCUCCUUAUCUUUAUCUCCAUCAGAUUUUCAAUCUGCACUGUUGUCAACUUCACAGACUCCAUUCUUUCCACCACCAUCAACAUUGCCAACCUCUCAUUCCAUUUCGACCAAGAGCCGCCAACUCUUGGCUACUCAUAUAUCUUCAACUCAAGUUCGCCAAACGGGCAGAUGAACAACGCACCAGUCGUUCACACAACGACUACGAACAAUAAAAGUUGCAUCAAAAGAACUUGGGAGUCUUGA